GAAAAUCGAUUUAUGGAUUUCUCCUCAAGAAAUUUCAAAGCAUUAACUGCAUAACCAUACAAGGAAAAUGACGUCCAUUAGUAGCUGCCAAUACAUAGAUCACACUAAUCACAAAAUACAGUGUGCCUUUAUUAUCACACAUUAUCGACAUUAUUAAGCUAGUUAAUAAUAAAUAAAAUAAGAAAGAAUAGAAAAAAAUUGCUUCAUCAGAAUUAUUGUACGAAGUAAUUUUUAUACAGCAUAGCAUGAAUCUAGCAACAAUAUCCAAAUUAAUUAUAACCUUCUCACUCUCACUUCUUCAAUUAAUUUCCAAAUCAACUUCUACUUCAACUUAUCUCACUCACUUCUGUUCAAACGCCACUGAAUUUGCUACAAACAGUGACUACCACACCAAUCUUAACACCCUCUUCAAAUCCCUCUCCUCCAACGCCACCAUCAACCCCACCGGGUUCGACAUCACAUCCGCCGGCACCAACACAAGCGACACCGUCUACGGCCUUUUCCUCUGCCGCGGUGAUCAAAACAUCACCGCGUGCAGCGAUUGUGUCAAGACCGCAACCACAACGGACCUACCAAAGUCAUACUGUCCCAACAGAAAAGUCGCAGUUAUAUGGUACGACGAGUGUAUGCUACGAUACUCUAACGAAUCGCUCCUUGGAAAAAUGGAGCAAUCACCUAAAUGGUUCUUAACCAACACUCAACAUAUGACCGGAAAUCAAACCGCGUUUUCUGAUCUUUUAGGAAACACAAUGAAUAGUUUAGCAGCUCAGACGGCUAAUAGUAAGACAUCAGGUAAAAAGUAUGCAACAAAAGUGACAACAAUUGAUAGUUUAAAGACAUUAUAUGCGAUGGAGCAGUGUACACCGGACAUUAGCGCCUCAGAUUGUUUCCUAUGCUUGACAAUUGCGAUUGCGUCGCUUGACGUCAUGAUGGGUGCCCGUGUAUUGCAGCCUAGUUGUUCUGUACACUACGAGAUUUAUCCAUUCUAUAAUGGUGCCUCUAAUGUCUCGUCACCACCGCUGCCAUCGCCGUCACCUUCACCUGGCAAAGCUACAAAAAUUACGAUAGUGAACAAUUGUACCUACACAGUGUGGCCUGGAAUAAUAUCCACCAUCAAUAGCAGUGUCAAAGUCCCAACAGGAUUUCCUCUCCUAAAAGGGGAGUCCAAGAUCAUUAACAUCCAAUUCAAUUGGGCGGGCAGCAUAUGGGGAAGGACCCUUUGCUCAUUUGACCACAAUGGGAAUUUCUCUUGGGAGACAGGCGACUGUGGCACGGGUAAAAUUGAAUGCCAAGGCAGAUCUUCACCGAAUCUGGUGACAGUGGCUGGCUUUCGUAUCGGUCAAAUUGGGAACCAAUGCAUGUACUUCAUCAGUGUUGAAGCCGGUUACAAUCUUCCUAUGAUGGUAACUCCCGAAGGGGUGAUCGGAGCCCGUUGUGUUGUCACGGGUUGCGUGUUCAACCUCGAAAAUUCCAUAUGCCCCCCUAGUUUGAGAGUGAUCAAUAAGAAUUUGAGUAUGAUCGGGUGUAGAAAUCCUUGUGAUGAUGCUAAACAAUGUUGCAAAACAUGGCCAAUGUGUUUGAGUAGUGACUAUGUGGAAUCAUCGAAUCUCUUCGGGAAGUCUUGCCCGCGGGCAAAUAAUAAUCCCUCCGACAUGACCAACACCAUUUUCACUUGUCAGAGCUACAAAACGUCUUAUAAAGUUACAUUUUGCCCAUCUCCCAACAUGGCCAGUUUGUUCUCAACACCAUUGCAAACAGUACAAGAGCCUAUGCCGCCUUCGUCAUCAUCAGCGCCACCCUUUACUUCAUCACCAUCAGGAAAGAAGAAAACAUAUGUAACGAAAGUAGUUGUUGCAAUCGCUAUUCCAAUAGUUGUGUUGACAUUGCUAAUUGCAUCAUGCACGUAUUAUGUUUGCUGGAAGGCAAAGAAGUCUCUCUCCAUAGACAUACAAAAUGUGCUUGAGGAUUUCACGACUGCAGAGUCUUUGAUAUACGAAUUCAGCACCCUCCAAGCUGCAACAAACUACUUUUCAGAUGAUCUAAUGCUUGGCGGAGGAGGAUUUGGCAAUGUCUAUAAGGGAACCCUCCCAAAUGGACAAGAUAUAGCAGUUAAGAGGUUAUCGAGGGUCUCUAAUCAAGGAAUAGAAUCGUUUAAGAACGAGGCUGUAUUGAUAGCUAAACUUCAACAUAAAAAUCUGGUUAAGCUUUUGGGAUUUUGCUUAACAAGAGAGGAGAAGCUUCUUGUGUACGAAUAUGUUCCUAACAAAAGCCUUAACUAUUUUCUAUUUGAUCCGAAAAAGCAAGGAGAAUUGGAUUGGCCUAUGCGCUACAAUAUUAUAACAGGUAUAGCUCGAGGACUACUUUAUCUACAUGAAGACUCUCAACCUAGAAUCGUCCACCGUGAUCUAAAAGCAGCUAAUAUCUUGCUUGAAAAAGAUAUGAACCCAAAAAUCGCAGACUUUGGGUUAGCGAGGAUCUUCAAAGCUGAACAAACAGAGGAUGACACUAAUAUAGUAGCAGGAACAUAUGGUUAUAUGGCCCCAGAAUAUGCAAUGCAUGGACAAUUUUCCGUAAAGUCAGACGUGUAUAGCUUUGGCGUGUUAGUAUUAGAGAUUGUAAGUGGCAAGAAGAUCAAUAGCAAAUUCAACCCCUCGGGAGUAGGAGACCUCUUGACUCAUGCUUGGAGAAGCUUGAAAGAAGAAACACCUUUGAACUUUAUGGCUCCAACAUUGAAAGACACAUACUCGGCUGAUGAAGUGAUGAGAAGCAUUCAUUUAGGCUUAUUAUGUGUACAAGAGAAUGCACAUGAGAGGCCAACCAUGUCAACAGUCGUCUUCAUGCUCAGCAAUACAAACUCUACUACAAGUACACUUUCAACACCUCAACGCCCUCGAUUUUAUUACAAUAGUAGUGUAGAAUCAUCUCAUAUCAUGACAAGGUCUAAUAAAAAUUCAACAGCAACAUCAUCCACCUCAUGCGACUCAAUGCCAUACACACAAAAUCAAGUAACAAUCAGUGAGAUGAAUCCUAGGUAGAUAGAGUAUCUUGGACAUCACUUCUGAGCACCAAAAAAUAAAAAUUAUACUCCCUUUUAAUUUAUUUGUCAUAUAUGGAAUCUUAUGCAAUUUCAUAUGCAAUGUUGUAAUGAAAAUACAAGUUGUCACAUAUGGAUUCAUAUACCAUUUCAAAAGGGUAUGUAGGGAAAAGGCAGAGAAAAUAUGGUCAUUGUUAUGAAUCCUUGGCGUAUAUCUUUCAACACAUACUUCUACAGUUCUACACAUAUCCUUCAUCGAUUUUGACGCAACACUGUAUUAUUUUUGUUGUUGAUAUGAAAUAGCUAUCUAUCUUUGGCGUUAA